AUGAUUGGGAAGAUUGAUGUCGAUGUGGACAUCCAUUUGGACGCCAAGGAGUUCGGGGCCCUGUAUGCGGUGAUGAUGGCAGACGCCGGAGGCGACAAGGGGGAUGACGGUGAAGAGGACGUGCGGAAGGCGUUUACGGUGAAGAUGCCGGAGGAGUACUGGCAACUUAGGUGGCGACGAGAGGGUCAACUUCAACGAUUUUUGGCAGAUGAUGUAGUGCAGCGGAGGACUAAGGGCAGGGGUUUCGUGAUAAAGUCGUUGGCCCCACAAAAAGCGGUGUUGGAACUUGCGGCGGUGGCCGGAUUUGUGACCCACCGCGGUCGUAGCUCCAUCCUGGAGGCUGUGACGUGCGGGAUGUCAAUGAUCGGGUGGUCGAUCUACGAGAAGUGUUUCAUGGAGAGUAUGGAUCCGUGUCUGGUUCUGUCUCGGCAGAUGUUUACGGGACAUGGUGGUCAUUGCUGGAUAUCCUAUUGUCUACGGGACUGGUUCUAUCUCGGCAGAUGUUUACCAGAGAAACAAUCUGAAUAUUUAAAGAAAACAAUCAGCACAUUUUUUGGAAAAGAUCACACGCAAGAUCUCUCAAUUGUUGGGGCUGGGGCUGAAAAUUGCCAUGGUUGGUGGCGAGUUGCAAGCUGCUUACUGGUUAAGCAUGGGGAGGGCGAGCUGUGGGCUUUACGGCAUGAACUGUUGUUGUUGUGUGAAGAAGGCUGUGUAAGGGCAGGUUAUUGUUUUGCGCUGAAGGCUACUGUAACUGAUGCACAUGGUCGGAGAGGAGUCGUACAUGGCAGUUGCUACUCUCGAAUGUGGGCUGAGGGACAGAGUGCAGGUCCUGCUGCCGGUGGUCUGAGAGUCGGACGUUCGACUGAGUGGGUUGGAACGCGUGGGUUGGGCCGAAGUAGCUUGAAUGGACAGACACCGGAAGUGAGUUGCUGGCCGAAAUUCUAUCUGGGCUGGUGGAGAUGGAUGAAUUCGACACGGCUAGAAAUUGGAAUUUGCGGGAACCUUGAACAUCUGGUCGCACCCCCGGAGAAGAUGACUGAAGUUUCUGAGCACUGUAAUUUUUUUCCAGGCGUGUUCUUCCAUUGUCGGACGUGA